GACGCCAAGCAGGUGCCGCUCCCCCCUGGCCAGAGCCAAGGCGCACCAGAGCAGCCUCAGACCCGUGGUGCCUCCAGGCCGCCGCCCGCGGGUCACGCUGCUCCGACCAACAUCGCUUCCAUGGAGGUUGCCAAGGCACACCCCAUGUGGGUCGACCCUCCCGCUGCGGCGGCGAAGAGGGCCAAGCACCGUGCUGCCUUGAAGGAGGCAGUGUCUGCGCUGGAAAAGCGCAUCGUGGCACAGAAGGCCCUGCAAGCCGAGAGCCCCCAGCUGGCGCCGCUGGAGCUCGAGCUGAAUGUCUUGCAGUUCGUGUACUUGUUCGCCUACCCUGCCAAGAAGCGGGCGGCGAACCAGCGCUCGUACGUCGAGCGCGCCGAGCGCCGCCUCGAGCAGGCCGAGGCCGAGGAGACCAAGGCCGCCACUGCUCUGCAGGCUGCCACCGUGCAUCGCCAGGCGCUCGCGGCCGGCCUGGAGCAGGCCAGAACGGCGCUGGGCAAGUUCGAGGAGCUUGCGGAGCAGGAGAUCAAGCAGGUGGCCUUCGCGGAGCCAGAGGUCAUCGCCGACUUGCAGAAGUCCCAGUCCGACCUGGUCGCCAACUUCUCGACGCUGGCGGCCACCAUGGCCCAGAUCCAGGGCAGCCUGGCCCUCAUGACAG